CGAUUAAAUUUGCGAUUGCUGUACAUAUCAUCUACAUUUUUGUCAUUUGAUAGAUCUGAUUGUGAUUUAAACACUAAGCUACAUGAGCAACAUUGUAUUUAUUUUACACACAUAAAAUUUAACAAUAGUAUCAUCACGAAACGAGAGAUUUAUAUUUUUUUACGAUGGGAAAAAGCUUUAUAUAAUAUAGUGAUAGUGGUGCUUACAUUUUCAACGUAUUUAGUAAAUUUUUAUAUAAAAAAAAUAAGUAAAAUAAUGUUUGUUUUAUUAUUAUUUGGAAGAAAAAAAAUUGAAGAUACAAAGUACAGUCGAUUUAAGUUGGAAAGUCUCUCUGACGGAAGUCGUGAAGCGAAGCGAGGCGGGAGGGGAGCCGGAAAAACCCUAAAUCGGCAACAGAGGACCCUCCAUUGAGCGACACGUGUCACCAGCUCCCACCCCCCGCGCCACUCGAUUUUUUUCCCCCUUCCCUCUUUCUCAAUCAUAAAACCAAAGAGACAGAGUCUUCACCGCAACCAAAUUCCUUUCUCCCCCUUAUCUCGCCGUCGGAAUUUCCACCCUCUAAUCCCUCUUCUUCCCCAGAGCUCUAUCUCUUCUCUUCUGGGUCUCGUCCCUCGCCAAUGGCGGAUUGACCUGAUUAGGUCUUUGUUUUUGUUUGUCUUUUUCUUUUUCUUCCUUGGGCGUGACGAAGAUGAAACAGGGGAACAACUGCUCUCUCCUACCCUCUUACUUCGAAGAACACGAGCACGAAGUCGCCUCAAUUCUGCUUGACCUUCCUCUUGUAAUCGACCAAUCCAAACCCUCCGCCGCCUCCGCCUCGUCGCAUCAUUCCAUUCCGUUCUUCUGGUCCGCCAAGCGGAAGAGAUCUUGUCUCUCUCGCGGAGGCCGAAUCGAUUCCUCGCCUUCAACUGCAGCAUUAUCUCCGAGCCCGUCUCUUCGUGAUGCCCAGCAGCCGUUGGCGGCGGUCGAGAAAAGUUCGGCGGCGAGGGGAGAGUCUAAACCCAAGGAGGAAAAGGAGGGCAGCCCUACCACGCCGCUUUCCCUGUCACUGAGCGAAGAGGAAGAAUCCGGUGAGAAUCCUCCCCGCUGUAAACGGAGAGUCGCCUCCGCCGUCAGCAAAAAGCAGUCGAGGAAGGAUUUGAUGGAGAAAGUUGCCGAGAGCGCGGAACAGCGGAAAGUUCUACGGAAGGAGAUUGAGAAUGUAACCCGUUAUUACAAAACUUUGGAAGAGGAGAAUUCGAAACUGAAAGCCAUUGAAGAACAGCUGAGGCUUGGCAAGCAAGAGAAAAGGCCUGGAUCAACCGAAACCCAAUUGGCCCAACCGAGAGCCGGUUCAGUGGUUGUGAAUGAAAAUGCAGUGGAGGAAUCACUGAUUCGAAAGGUUGGGGUGGUGCCUCCGUGUUCAUCUAGCUGCAGCAGCAGUGGUAACAAUAAUAAUAAUGGCAGCGGGGCGAUUGGGAUUGAUCUGAACAGCGGGAGUGGGAAUGUGAAUGUGUGUUUUCCGGUGGGGGAAGGGAGGUGGGAGGAGUCGAUUUUGGGGGAUUGCUGGCUGCGGCGGUUUGAUGAUUCAGGGCUGAGGGCGGCAACGGCGGCGACGGCGAGGAAGAGAAGGAUUGAGAAGAGGAGGGAACAAAAAGAGCGACGGCGGCGAGGGUUAACUAAUAUUAGGUGGGCUUGUUGGAGUGAAAAAAACUUUAACUAAUAUGAUAGUGCUGCGUCGUUUCUUAGUUAACUAAUUGUAUUAUUAUAAAUCUUAUGGUUAUCGGCUUAUAUAGAUUAUUAAUCAAUAUUUUUGGAUUAAGUUGCUUAUUAGUUAUUAGUUACUUUUUCCUUAAGCAAAACAGCUCUAAGUAGGGAUGGCAGUCAGCCCGCGGGCUUUGGGUAUCCGCUAGGGCCCGCCCGUGUGGAAUGGGCCGAAACCCGCGAGAGCGGUUUAGUUGGCGGAGUCGGGCAGAUCCGCGGCCCGCGUGGCUCGGUGACGGGCUGGGGACGGAUGCUGUGGUACCCGCCCCGUAUCCACCCCGGGAGCAAAACUGAUAGGGCAAAAGCGUAUAUGCCAAUUUCCUAUCUCGUAGUAAAACCGGAAAGUCCGGGUAUCGUCUCUCAGGGACUGGUACAACCUUAAGUUCUAUCAAUUUUAUUGAGCAAACUAUAUGUGAAAAUGUUUAAUGAGAUGAAACUAUGAUCUACUAGCAAAGUAAUUAAACUAAUUAAGCAAAGUAAAUUGGUCGGGAGAAAAUCAAUGGAAGAAAGCUCUGGGAGAAACACCGGGACUCACUACCUAUCAUAUCCAGAUUAAUUCAUAUAUUCCAAUCAGUUUAAUCCAAUUCUCUACAGCCAGGAUAUCACUACUGUGCUAGCUAUCCCUGUCGGGAAUUACUACGUACUAAAUAAUCAAAUCAAAUCCUACUGUCGUAGCUCAAUGACUUAAUUAUUUAGCCUGAAGAACGAUAUCCUAAUCAAGACCGCAUAGUACCUUAUUUAAUCCACUGUCGCUUCGAUAAGUUGCUAUGUCACAUGAAAUAGGUUCAGUUAUUAGGGUUUCACUGUCGCUAAUAACCUAAUUAACUACAAAUCGAUGUAUUGGUGGCCAGUCAACACAAAGCAUUAAGCAAUUUCAUGCAAUAGAGAUUGGAGGAAAAGAAAUAUGAAUCAAUCCAUCAAAUCAAGAAAAAGCUACCUCCUAUGGUGUUUCCCCCAGAAAUUGGGGGUUUAGUUCAUGACGAAAAUAAAACAAACAAUCAUGUUCAUAAUCAUCAUCAUAAUAAUCAAGGGAAAAAAAUACUGAUUUGCAAUUAUGCUUGGCGGCCGGCGCACUGCUCAACAGCUCUCUGCCAAGCUUCUCUCCAGCCUUGCGCGGCGCCUCUCUUUUCUCCCAAGACUCGUUUUCGUUCCAAGAGAAUUGCCCUCAGCCUGGCCGCUCCAAUUCCCUCUCCCCAGCUUCCGUCCUCAAGCUCUCCUUCCCAGAAUAAUGGCCGCCUCCUCCUUUUUAUUUUCUUCAAGAAUUCCGCCCUCUCCAGGGAAUUAAUUCCGUCCCCAAUUCUGCUGCCUUCCGCCCUCCAAAGUCCAAAAGAGAUUUUCCAAACCCAAUUCACGUCCAAAAGUAAGGCUAAAAGUAAUUGCCACCCACAGUUCGUUUCUUUUGUUCCGCCUCCAAAAAGAAUUUCACUCAAGUCCAAAAGUCCAGCCCAAGCCCAAUCCCGGUUCAACUCCUCAGUAAGUUCCGAUCCAAUGUACAUCCAGUCCACUUGAAUUAUUCUAUCCACCAAUGCAAAUUUCUCGUUUCAUUUACCUGAAAUAUAUAAAACACUUGGCA